AUGAAGAUACAGUGUAACGUGUGCGAGGCGGCGGAAGCGGCGGUGCUAUGUUGCGCAGAUGAAGCUGCUUUGUGUUGGAGUUGCGAUGAGAAAGUUCACGCCGCUAAUAAACUCGCUGGCAAACACCAGAGAGUCCCUCUCUCUGUUUCUUCCUCUUCCAUACCCAAAUGCGACAUCUGUCAGGAAGCUUCUGGAUUCUUCUUUUGUUUGGAAGAUAGAGCUUUGCUAUGUAGGAAAUGUGAUGUUGCAAUCCACACAGUGAAUCCUCAUGUUUCAGCUCACCAGAGAUUUCUUCUUACUGGAAUCAGAGUUGGUCUUGAAUCUACUACGGACACUAGUCCUUCUACAAAGCCUUCACCAUCCAAUGAUGAUAAAACCAAUGAGACAAAGCCUGUUACCUUACCUACAUCUGAGCCUCAGAAGAUGGACUUUGAUCAUCAUCAGCAGCAGGUUGUGGAUCACAUUUCGACGAAGCUUCCUUUUGCAAGUAGUGGAUCAGCGGCUGGGAGCAUUCCUCAGUGGCAAGUAGAGGAGAUUUUUAGAUUAACCGACUUUGAUCAGAGGUACGAGUACAUGGAGAUUAACGGAUCAUCUAAGGGGGAUACUAAUAGGCGAGGAGAUUCAGACAGUUCUUCCAUGAUGCGGUCUGGAGAAGAAGAUGGAGAAGAUAACAGUAACUGCAUAGGAGGUGAGACAUCAUGGGCUGUUCCACAGAUUCCUUCUCCACCAACAGCUUCUGGUCUAAACUGGCCUAAACAUUUUAACCACCACUCAGCAAUGUUUGUUCCGGACAUAGCUUCUUCAUCUCCUUACACGGGUUCUUCCCCUAACCAGAGGGUUGGGAAACGGCAGCGACAGUUCUAG